AUCCAUAUUCUGUAACUGAAAUUUUGGAAAACCAUGGUCCAAAACCAGAUGAAUUCAUAUCUAAAAAGCCACUAGUUUUAUUGAGUCGCUCUUAACUAUAUAUAUUGAGAAACAUCAAAUCCUUGAGAAUUCAACCAACACAAUAUCCAAGUUUGAUAGCAAAAGCAAAUUAAAAACCUUCACAAAUUUAUAUUAGAAAAUAUGAGUUCAUCAAGCAGGGCAUGGGUUGCAGCAGUAAGUGUGGGAGUAGUAGAGACACUAAAAGAUCAAGGACUGUGUAGGUUUAAUUACACAAUCAGAGCCAUAAAUCAGCACGCAAAAAACAAUCUAAGGUCAUAUUCACAGGCCAAGAAGAUCUCUUCUCAAUCUUCUUCUUCUUUGGUUUCUGCUAACAGUAAAGCAAAGCAAUCUGAGGAAUCUCUGAGAAAAGUCAUGUAUUUGAGCUGUUGGGGUCCUUAUUGAUCAUCAAUCCUAAUAGCAGUUAAAUUUUUUGUUACUGUCAUCUUUCUGUACCUAUAUA